GUUUGUCGGGCAGACACAGUCAGUCAGUGUGGACCGGGAGUCUCAGCGGCAGUUUGGGAGAGUCCGAGCCGGGAAAACUGCGUCAAAUACGGGGAUAAGUCAACAGGGUGGAAUCCGCAAUGAGUUGGGGAACGGAGCUCUGGGACCAGUUUGAUAAUCUGGACAAACACACUCAGUGGGGGAUCGACUUUCUCGAGCGCUACGCAAAGUUUGUCAAGGAGAGGCUGGACAUAGAGCAGAACUACGCCAAGCAGCUACGGAGCUUGGUGAAGAAGUACUGUCCCAAACGCUCUAAAGAUGAAGAACCGAGGUUCACAUCGUGUCUGUCCUUCUACUCUGUACUGAAUGAACUGAACGACUUUGCCGGUCAGCGGGAGGUGGUUGCCGAGGAGAUGGCUCAUAAGGUGUACGGAGAGCUGAUGAGGUACAGCCAAGACCUCAAAACUGAGAGGAAGCACCAUCUACAGGAGGGCAGGAAGGCCCAGCAGUAUUUGGAUCAUUGCUGGAAACAGAUGGACAAUAGUAAAAGGAAGUUCGAGAGAGAGUGCAAAGAAGCGGAGAAAUCGCAGAUCACCUUUGAUCGGUUAGAUAACGACAUCAACGCCACCAAAUCUGAGGUGGAGAAGGCCAAAGCCCAGUUCUACCUGCGGACCCACAUGGCUGACGAGAGUAAAAACGAGUACGCGGCUCAACUCCAGAACUUCAACGGAGAGCAGUGGAAACAUUUCAACAAUGCCAUACCACACAUCUUCAAGAAUCUGCAGGACAUGGACGAACGUCGGACGGUGAAGCUCGGGGAGACGUACCGAUGUUUUGCUGAGGCUGAGCGGAGAGUCAUUCCCAUCGUCUCCAAAUGUCUCGAGGGAAUGGUUUCUGCCGCCAAAGCUGUUGAUGAGCGAAAGGAUUCAGCCAUUGUCGUGGAGUCAUUUAAGUCAGGUUUCGACCCGCCGGGCGACUUCCCCUUCGAGGACUUCAGUCAGAACCUGAGCAGGACGGGUUCAGACGGGACCAUCAGCAGCACGCCCAAAGCAGAGAAAGACAGAGACGGGGCCCCGGGCACACGACCCGACCUUAAACAACAUCCAAUGAACAGAACAAAGAACAAGCUGUGGCUGUUUGGGAAGAAACCAAAGGCCCCGUCUCUGGAAGACUUCAGUCACUUACCCCCCGAGCAGAGGCGGAAGAGGCUGCAGGCGAGGAUCGAUGAACUCAACAAAGAGCUCCAGAAAGAGAUGGAUCAGAGAGACGCCCUGAACAAAAUGAAGGAUGUGUACGAGAAGAAUCCACAGAUGGGAGACCCCAGCAGCCUUCAGCCCAAAAUAUCCGAGACCAUAUGUAACAUGGAGAAGCUGCGCUCGGAAAUCCACAAAAACGAGACUUGGUUAUCUGAGGUGGAGGGAAAGCAGAGCUCAAGAGGAGACAGAAGACACAGCGCUGACAACCAUCAUCACGCUCCUCAAGGCCGAGAGAGUCCUGAAGGCAGUUACACAGACGACACCAGUCAGGAGCAUCACACACCUCACCACCGCCCCAAAAGUCCACCAGCCGGACGCCCGAGCAUGGACCCGCACGAGUUUGACGACGAGUUCGACGAUGAUGACCCGCUGCCCGUUAUCGGACACUGCAAAGCACUCUACUCCUUUGAUGGUCAGAACGAGGGGACACUGGUGAUGGCAGAGGACGAGGUGUUGUACAUCAUCGAGGAGGAUAAAGGCGACGGCUGGACGAGGGCGAGGAAGCAGAGCGGAGAGGAAGGCUACGUCCCCACCUCCUACGUAGACAUCACCCUGGAGAAAAACAGCAAAGGUGCUGUCACCUACAUCUGAGCUUACAUCGCUGUCCUCUCCAUCCGUCUGUCGCCCUCUCUGCCUCUGUUUUUCUGUCCCUCUCAUCAUAACACUACAAAAGGAAAAAAAAAAAAAAGAGAGAGAGACUGCACCUGAACACCUGCAUGGACAUUCAUCUUUUCCUUUUCCUCAUUUCCCCCCCGUCUCUCUUUCCUCAUGAAUAUUCCUCUUACUCAUUCAUCCUUCUCCUUUAAUAUCUGUGGGACAAAUGUUCCAGAGGUGAGUGUUUGAGCUGGAAGACAAGCAGGAUGUUUGAUUGUGUUUGAAUGUUUUAUUGUAUAUAUAUAUAUAUAUAUAUAUAUAUAUAUAUACGGCAUUUCUGAGUGUGUGUGUAUGUGUGAACGACGUCUCCUCUGCUGUUUUGAGCCCCGUAUUAAGGCGACACCACUUCUUUAUCGAUCAAAGUGUUUUAGAUUGUUCAAUGUAAUAUAUUAGACACAAUUUAUUUUAUUUUACCAGUUUGUGUUUCUGAUUUUGAUGUUUUUCCCCCCCCUUUUUUUUAAAUCAGAGAUGUUUUAAACUCCCUGGUUUUAAGCUCUUUAGACUCACAUGUUGACAUUUAAUUUAAAGCUGUUCUGAUUCCUGCUGUUUUUAUUUCUGUUUGUGAUUUUUUUUUUUAAAUUCUGUGUUACCUGUGCCAUCCCACUAAAAGUGGGAUUACAGUAACUAAGGUUUGUCGUGUUUCAGCCUUUAUAAAGUAAAUCAAGAAUAAGCUGGAAAUCCUCCUUUAAAAAGUCCAUUUAAAGGAGGCUGAACGUUUCUCACUGCAUCAUGUAUUUUGUUCUCUUUUAAUCAUUACUCGACUUUUCUUGGUCAAUGCUAUUAGUCACGAUUAAACGCAGCUCUGACCGUUAGAGGUUCCUCUGGUAUCAAUGAAAGUUGAUUCUUUACUUUAGGGAGAAGUCAAAGUCGAGUCAUGUUGGAUGGAUCACAGCCAACACCUCGUAGUGCAAACAAAGGUGCAGUCUCAUGGCACUUUAGAGCUGCUACUGCUCUAUUAAUAUUUCCACCUUUACACAGUCACUGGUCAAAUGGGUUCAAUAAGAGGUGCUACAUCAGGAUGUGAACCUGCUGCUUUGUUAUUUCCACAUCUCAUCACAUAAGAGUCCAAACAAAGCUCCUGGUGUGGACACUAUUAGGAGUCAAUUUUCAACAUACUCGGCAGUUUUAUUCCAUCCUGGAUUUACGAAAAUGACGCUCUUAAAUUCAUGUUUCGGAUUAUGUGAGUGGAGACGCUGAAUUGGGGGCCAUUCUGUCCAACUAAAAGACUUCAGGAAGGACUUGACUUAGCUAUUGGAAGUUCGCCCUUUCAGUUCGUUGAUCACUGUUUUAAAGAAACCAUUUCACUUUUUUUUAGCUGUUGCCAUCUUAUAGUGCUUUUGAUCCAGAUGUUACAAUAUUUGGACGAGAGGGUCCAUACGCAUCGGCCUCUAUCCUGAUUAUCAGGCGGCCAUGGCAGCAACAUGUUGAUCAGAAUGAAGUCACAAGCAGACCCUGCUUUGUCUUAUUUUUGAUUUCUUUGGGUGUUACCAUCUGAUGCAGACCAUCAAAUGUCUCUGGCUGCAUCAACAUACCAAAGCUGCAAAACAUUUUACGUAAAGGAAGGUUGGUUGCUAGGCUACCAAACUGACUCAAACACCCAAUUCAUGAGGCUAAAGUUUAAUAAGUGCACACACAUUUGGCAUGGCAUGAUUUAUAAGUCUGCAAAUUUCUUUUUUUUUUUAAAUAGCUACUGUCCAGUUUGACUAACGCUGACGUGAUUGGCAAUCAGAUCUGUUGGGAGCGAUGUCCUCUCCUUGAAUACAUUUUAUUAUUAGUCAUCAUGAUCAUGAUGUAGACAGACAGAAGCAGGAGUUUACUGAGUGAAGCAUCCAAACCUCAAUGGAAAACCUGAUCAACAGUUCAUUGUAAAAACACAAAACCUCCAUCUCAACCUCAACAGUGUUUGUUCCUCUGCGUCUUGUAGUAACUUGCUCUCUCCUCCUCUAUGUGACCGCAGGUUCCUGAGGGCUGCAGGGUGGCCCGGGCGAUUUGAUUGGCUGGUGGAGGGCUCUCACGCUGAAGGCUGAUUAUUGGUGGUGGGGGUGGUGACAAAGAAAGAGAGAGAGUAAUGAGUGGACUAAGUGGGAAAUGAAGUCGGGUGGGGGGCAGGUUUGCACGUCUGCAUGCUCACUCAUCCUUAAUCAGCAAAGCACUCUGGGAUACUAGGGAAGAGUUUUGAGGAGAGUCUAGCAGGAGAGUAGAUGAUCUCGAUGAAGCCAAAAAUCACGCAUUAAUAUCUCUCAAUUUGUAGAAGUCCAACCCAGACCUGCAGGAGCUUCUCCUAGUUAAUGCAGCCUUUAAGAACUCUUCAGACACUCUCGUCUUCUCUGCAUCCAGCUGCUGAAGUUUGACUUUUUUAAACUAGCAGAAGAGGCAGAAAAGAGGAACGUUUGUUAAAAUUCCCUAAAAUAAACUUUUGCUCAACCAUUCGUUUUAAAACUCAGGACAUCAUCACAAUGUUUUUAAGGUCAGUUACGGUUUUUGCUACUAACAAAAUCAUUGUUGCUCUGCUCCAACUCAUUCCUGUCAUCAUCAUCAUCAUCAUCUGUGCUCCGUUGGCGAUGUCUGCCUGCCUGCCUGCCUGAGCCACUCUGCUCCUCAUGCCUGCCCUCACCGUCUCACAGUCGCAUGUCCUUAACGUGUCCCAAACAUGAUCAGGUGUCUUUAACUUCAAAGUGUGUGUGCUUCUGUGGGUGUGAGUUUUGUGUUGAAUGUCAUGGUGAAUGUGUUUAAUAAAAAAGUCCAGCAUGAGUAUGAUUUUAUUUCUGUGCGUUGAAUGUUUCCCAAACAGCCUUCUGGGUAAAAUCAGAGCAGAAAAGCAGGACCUCUCUACCACUCUUUCUGUCCCCACCUUCCUCUCCUCUUUUUCCUCGGCUGUAAUUCCACCAGUCGACCAGCAGAUGGAGACCUUCCCUCACCAAACACCAGCUCAGCGCUGAGCAGGACUGACCCCGCUUUAAUCAACACCACCAAACAUGAAGAGGAACUUCAGACUCUGCCUUAAAAAAAAUCACGUUGUUUUACUGUGGAGGGAUUAUUCCAAACAUGUCAGGAUUUGUCUGCGUGACUACAUUUCCCAUCAGCCACCUGGGCUCAGCUCUACCAGCCCUUUUAAAAGGACUCUAUGUCUUACAUGAAUAUGUUUUUAUCCCAUUUUAAUCAGUUGUUAUUGUGAAUGUGAUGACACACACUCGCAUGUAUCACCUACAUGUACUCGCAGGUACGGAAAGCCAAACAGGACAAAAACCACGUCCGCGUAUUUGACUUUCCAUACGCGUGCAAAUGUGGUUAAGAACCCAUUUCCAAAUAAGUUGGGACAUUGUGUAAAAUGUAAAUGUAUAUAUUUUUUAUGCCUUUUUAAAAUAGGACAGUGGAUAGAGAGUGAGGAAUGACAUGCAGGGAAGUAGCUGCAGGUCGGAUUCUAACCCGGGCGGUCCGCUUGGAGGGCUAAUGCCUCCGUACAUGGGGUACAACGUAACCGCUAGGACAUCUUCACCCCUUUUAUUUACAUGUUACUCAACGUCCCAACUUUUCUGGGGGUGUAGCUGUACAUGUGUGUGUGUGUUACAUACAUGUUGUUGGUUAUUACCAUCGAAUGAUUUGUACAUAUUAACAUCUUAAUGUAAUGCUGAAUGUGUUUCCAUGGUGAUUGUUUUUAAGGUUUGUUUGAUUGUCACAAGGUUUGAAUUGAACUGACGCACUUUGCCCUGAAGUACUACAGCAUUUGAAUCGGAUUGAUUGAUUGAGUGAAUGAAGGUGUGUGUGGUCGGCUGAGAAGAGGUGUGAACUUUACGAAUGUGACAAAAAGAAGAAAGGAAAAAAAAAACAGCUCCAGAAAUUCUCUCUUAAAAUCCUUUUUAUACUGAUUUUUUUUUGUAAACUCUUGACGAGCACAGACCUGCUCGUUUUAGCAUGAUUUUCUACGUCUGUGUCUCUCUGGUGUUUGUUUUUGAACCGUUCACUCUUUUUCUUCAGUAGACGAGCAGAACCACACAUCUCAAGUCAAGGCUAGACUUCAUUUUCAUGCUAUUUAAGACAAAAAAAAAUGCCACUAAUGACUCUGCGUUUGUAGAUCCAAACAGCAGGUGGCAGCACCUUUGCUGUGUCUGUGUUUCUAAGAAGAAGCUGUGAAAUGUACAGAAUGAUGCUGUAGGUGUUGUUACUUGAACUAACCACGAUGCCCCACCUUUCUUCUUCUGUUGGCCAUCGUUUUUGCACCAGAAAAUUGUGGAAAGAUUUUUAACAUUAACUGACUUGUGCUUCCCUUAAUGCAGAUUAAAAGAACGAGAAAGUAUUAUUUUUUUUAUUUUUUUUUAUUGCUUUUGGACCCUCUGAUUUCAAUCUUUAAAUGAACUUACCUAAGCUAGCAUUCAUACUUACUCUACAUCAAAGAGUUGAAGGUGACGGGUGUGACGGAGAAGACUGCGGAAAAAAUCACCUUCAGACGUGUGAGCUUUGAAUCAAUAUUCUCAAAAACAAUCUCUGCUAAAAGAAUAUCUCCUGAAAUAUCCAGCCAACAUUUUUAUACUCACUCCAUAUCAAUUUGGUUCAUUUUACUUGGGGAUGCAAAAAAGCCCAGAUUUAAAGGUCACAUAUUCUCCUCCUCUUCAACCAGUUUAACUAAGUCCCAGAGCUCCCCAAAACAUGUCUGUGAAGUUUCUUGUUCUAAAUCCACUCUGAUCCUGUAUUUGAUCAUGUCUAUAAACUCCUCUAUUUCAGCCUUGCUCAGAACAGGCUGUUUCUGUGUAUGUACCUUUAAAUGUAAAUGAGCUGUGUCUGACCACGCCCCCUCUCUGGAAGGGCUUUGGUGUCUCGGUCUUUCUCGCUUCUUGUCCUAUUGUUUACGGUGAGAAGGCAGACUCAGAGGGCAGAACAAACACCUAGCUGUGGGAGUGUCACCCACCUGGGGGAGGGGCUACUGCCCUUUGUGAUGUCACAAAGGGAAAAUCUCCAAAUGGCCUGUUUGAGCACACAUUUUCUAAAAAGUGGAGGAGGCAAAAGAUGGACUUUUCUCAUAAUUGGGGGAUUUCUAGACAGACUAUAGGGACACAUUAGUAUUAGAGAAACAUGGUGAAGUGUAAUAUGUGACCUUUAAGUUUCUGCAGUUUUUGCUUUUCAUGAUGAUACAUGAUGAAACGUGUACACGGAUCAAUCGAUGCUUUUCUGACGAUUUGGUUAUUCAAACAGGUUGCUUUAGUUCUGCUAACUAAAUGUAACUGUAAUAAGAGAUUCAAGGGGUUAAGUAUCAUACAUUAGAGUGAAUUAGAAAUCUGGUUUUAAUCCAUUACACCUACAUCUAAUUGUUUUUUAACAGAAGCCCUGAGAGAUGUUUUAUUUAUCUCGUUAAAUCAGGAUAACAAAAACCUGAAUUUCCUGACAGCGAGUUAAUCUCAGUGGUUUUCUUGAGCUCUUAAGAAAUUGUCACACUUAGGGCUUUUGGUGUUUUUGCAUUAUCAAUUAAUUGUUUAUAUUUAAAUAAAAAGAAAAACAGCAAAUAAUGCCUAUCAAAGGUUUUAUGUCUUCCAAUGCAAGUUUCCUUCAACAAAUAUUCCAAACCCAAAGAGUUUUAUCAACCCUAUCAUAUAAAAUGCAAAUCCUCACAUUAAAGGAAGAAUGUGCAACUUUUUGAUCCAGUAGAUGUCGCCCUUGAGCUCCAGCAUGAAACCAAAACAAACUCUCCUCCUGCGAUACACCUCCAACCCCAAGCAACACCUCAAAGCAGCCGACAAAAUUGUCCUUUGCUCGAGCUGUAAUCGCCUGUGUCCUGCAUUGAUGUGUUAGCAUGCUAAUGUUAGCACGCUUUAGUUAGCUCAGAGCUUCACAUUGUACAUAAAUUGACACAGAAUGACCGUGAUCUAAAGACACUUACAUGACAUCCAAAUAAGCAGUGAGUAUGUUCUUCUUCUCUCUAGUCCUUGACUAAAACAGCUUUAUACACAAGGCCGUCCCGUCCAUGUAAACAUGAUGUAAACAUGGCUCUGACAACAACACAGCCAGCGGGACUUGAGCUUCUCACUCAUUGUAGACAGUCAUGACUCAGAGAGACAUUUACACAGGAUAUACUAGAUUUCUUCUGUAUUUAUGGGUAAAAUGCAGCACAUUCUUCCUUUAAAGGAGCUGAAACCUGCGAGUAUUUUAGUCCUGUAAGGAGUAAGGAAGUGAAGAUGCUGAUGAGGUUUGAGGUUUUUGUCAGUAUCCUCGCAGGGCUUUUUAUUACGGACACUUUGCAGACGGUUAACUCCAAUUCUUCCAUUUUUCCAUCAGAUUUUCCUUCUGAAGGUCAGCGUAUUUGGAGUGUAAUGUCCCUUUAAUCAAAUGAAAAUGAUGUCAGUACUAACAAACAGCCUUUUAAAACUCACUUAAAUGUUUGAUUCAGUUCCUGUAUAUAUUAAUAUUCAUGUAAAAAAAACUGUGAGCUGAGUAUUUAAAGCCGCUGUGCUGUAAUCAUGAAUAUUAUGCAAAAAAAAAACAA